AUGCCCUUCCCAGAAACCCUCAACGCUCACCCGCGGGUAAUUUUCUUCACCGACUUUGACGGCACCAUUACACUCCAGGACACCAACGACUUCAUCACGGACCAGUAUGGAAUGGGCAAGGAGGCGCGACGCGAGCUGUUCCACGCGGUGAUCGACGAGACCGACACGUUCCGCAACACGUUCCAAAAGAUGCUGGACUCGUGGAAGAUGCCGUUCCCACAGGUGCUGGACAUCCUACGCGACAACAUCACGCUGGACCCGCACUUCAAGGACUUCAUGGUGUGGGCGCGUGCGCACGACGUCCCGGUCAUCGUGCUGUCGAGCGGCAUGGUCCCGGUCAUCGAGACGCUGCUGCGUCACCUGCUCGGCGAGGAACUGAUGAGCGAUAUCGACAUCGUCGCCAACGGGACGCAAUUGCGCGCGCCGGGAAAUUCGCUCGACAAGGCCGAUGGCUGGACGAUCAAAUUCCUGCACGACUCCGGCUUCGGCCACGAUAAGAGUCUCACGAUCCGGCCGUAUGCGGAUGCGAUUGCGAAGAUGGAGAGGAACGACGAGCGGCCCACGCUGCUGUAUGCGGGCGACGGCGUCAGUGAUUUGAGUGCGGCGCGCGAGACAGACUUGUUGUUUGCAAGGGAGGGCCAGGAUCUGGUCACGUAUUGUGAGAAGGCGGGCAUUCCGUUCACGACUUUCUCGAGCUGGGAGAGCAUUCUUCAGGAGACGAGGGAUAUCUAUGAGGGGAAGAAGACGGUGAAGAAAUUGGCCGAGGAGGGCUUGAAGAGACAUCGCACGAAUUCUAUUGAGCAGAACGGUCAUGUCAAGCCGACUGUUAAGUAG